GUCAUGUGACCUAUAGGAACCUCGCCUACAAAUACAAGCACACUGUGUGUUAGCUGCAUUGCAGAAGACAGAGAAAUUAUUCACUGCCUUUCACAGCCAAGUAAUAUUGCAAAGAAGACCGUGCAGUGACAGUACAAGCAAGAUGUCAAAAGAAUCUCUGAAGCGCAAAUUGCUGCAGCUACAGUGCCAUUUCACAUGGGAUUUGAGGAGGGAAGAUGUUGAUAUUGAAGAUUUUGAAGAAAGAAUCUAUGAGUCAAUCAAAUUUUCUAAGCAGAACAACAAAUUGUAUGCUUACAACCAGCUUGCAUAUGUAAAUUAUUUGAAUGGAUGUAAUGAGGAUGCUCUUACUCACCUGCAGAAAGCCAAGAAGACAGCAAGAGCAGACCAUCCGCAGGAUACAGAAAAGUGGCUUGUGGUUACAUAUGGGAACUUUGCAUGGAUUUACUACCAUAUGAAUGAAGUAGAACAAGCUGAAACUUAUCUUGAAAAGGUAAAAACAAUUUGCAGAAAUUUAGGAUCUGCUUCUACUUAUACAGCUAAUAUUCCAGAAAUAUAUGGGGAAAAGGGGUUUACAAUGUUAAAAUUUAGUGGAAAACAUUAUGAAAAGGCAAAGGAGUGUUUUGAAAAAGCACUAGAGAUAGAACCUGAUGAUCCUAAACUGAAUUCUGGAUAUGCUAUUGCUUUACACCGCCUUGAACCAACCAAUGACAAAAACAAAAAUAUGGAGAAGUGCAAGCCUCUUAAACAGUUAAGACGGGCAUUAGAACUAAAUCCAGAUGAUGCUAUUGUCAUGGUAUUACUUGCUUUACGACUCCAAGAUUUUCAGCAAGAGAAGGAAGGACUUCAAUACAUUGAAAAAGCACUGUCAACAUCAGCAGACAUUCCGCAAGUUACACGUUAUGUAGCGAAGUUUCUAAGAAGGCAGGGGUCUGUGGAUAAGGCAUUAAUGCUGCUUAAAGAAGCACUAGAAAAAAUGCCAAACUCUGCAUUUCUUCACCACCAAGUUGGUCUUUGCUAUAGAAAAAAGUUAUUUAAAUUAAAGAAGGAUAUGCACUACCAGUCUAAAUCCUCUGGGCAGAUUGAUGACUUAACAAGGCACUGCAUUUAUCACUUUGAAAAAGCUGUUGAGCUGAAACCCAAAUUUCAGUUUGCACAAGUGGAUCUGGCAUGCAUAUAUGCAGAUGCACAUAACUACAGUAAAGCAGAUGAACGCUUUGAAAUCAUAAAAAAGAUGAACAAUCUUAAGGCCGAAGACUGGCAACACAUCAACCUUGAAUAUGGAAAGUACUUGCUGUACCACAAGAAGUUAGAAAAGCUUGCAAUUUUCCACUUAAAGGAAGGCUAUAAAAUUCAAAAUGAAUCCUAUAUAAGGGACAAUUGCUAUACAAAUCUGAAAAAGAUAGCUGAAAGAAAAAUAUCCAGAAAUACAAAAGACAGUGUGGCAUUUGGGAUUCUCGGAUUCCUUCAUCAAGUAAAAGAAGAAAAGCCACAAGCAAUUGAAUGCUAUGAAAAGGCCCUAAAGUAUGACCCUGGCAACGAGGACUAUCUCAGUGCACUCUGUGAACUUCGUCUUUCAAUAUAGAAACAGUGCAUCUUUAGAGUCAGGGCUGUAACUUUGUUCUGGCUGUGCAAAAUAUGACUGCAGAAAAAAAACAAGGGUCAAAUGAUUUCAUUCUGCCCGUUUAUGGUUAAGUCAAAUUUAUCAGAAAACUGCCAUGAAAAAGUUUAAUAGUUUGAAUAAUGAACAUGACUGUUGGCCAGUGCUUAGCAAGUUAUGCUUUUCAUUCUAAAACUGAAAUCUCACUUAAGCUUAUGUCUACCAUGAAUAAAUGCAUAGACAAUAUAGAAACUAGAAAUAUAAUUGUAUACCUAUAAUAAUCUCUGCUUUUAAUUCCCCUGUUUAGCCAGAGUACAUAUUAUAAAGGAAUCUAUAUAAUUUUAGGCUAAUAAUCACUUAAUAAAACAUUAUGUAAUUAAAAAAUAGUUAUAGAGAUAUAUAGGAUGCAUUUCAGCUGCCAUAGAAUUACCUUUCUGAAGUCAUCUCAUAAUCAUUACUACAUUUACCAAUGAUCUAAUAAAUAAUUUGGAGAUGCUGUAUCCCAAUCCAGUAAAUCACACAGUGUUGUAUGUAGCCAUUAAAUCAUCAGAAUUAAAUCAGACGAUAUGAAGUAGCUGUACCAAAGCUUGCCUUUUAAGAAUGAACAAAUAUAUGUACUACAAAAUGUACCCGAACAUCAACUGGCAGAAGUGACUAUCAGAUAAGCCACAUUAGUACAUUAAAAUUAUUAGUUUGUCAUUAAAUCACAACAUACAUGCACCUUGGAAAUAAAUCCAAUAAUAGUCGUUAAAAAAUAGAGAUCAUUGAAUAUUACACACACGGGUACAUUUGGAAAAUGGAGUGCCUCAUUAGUUUUAUUCAUAAAAUACUAUUUUAGAGAAAAGUGAAGGCUUAUGAAUAAAGUACUGUUAAAAAUGUUAAA